UUUUUUUCCAUUUAUCCGUUUUAGAGUAAGUGAACAAUGCCGCCUAAGGCCGCGAAAGGUAAAGAAGCAAAAAAGGAACCACCAAAACUGGCAAUGGGCCCUCCACCGAAGCCGAAGAAAAUACCUCCUCCUCCAGCUUGUUUUUCUCCAGAAGAUUUAGCAAGAUUUAAGGAAGUUUUUAAAGCGCAUGACGAAGAUAAUAUUGAUAAGGUGAAGUUGCCAGAAAUCCCAAUUAUGUUAAGGAAACUUGGCUUUAAUCCCAAAGGCUCAGAAAUCAAGCUGCUUUAUGAGAAAUUUCUAGAAGACGAGUUCGUAGAUACGGUCGAGUAUUUCGAGUGGCUUUUCAUGAUUGAAGCUAAAAUUAAUAUGGGAGAUGAUUUUGAAUUGGCAGUUACAAAAGCCAUGGCAACCUUAGGACACGACGAUGAAGAAACCGGAAUAACAGAUUUAGAAUUACUCAAAGAGGAACUAAUGUCUUGGGGUGAACCUUUGCUGGAAAUUGAAUUUGUAGAUUUUAUAAAAGUGGCGACAAAAAACAAAACGUUUACUCCAUUAGACGGUAAAUUCAACUACGUAAAAUUUAUUGAGCUAAUGAAUAAUUCCGAUCAGAAAUUCUUUAAGGAACCGAUAAACUUCUUUAAAUUAGAUCAAAAGACGUUGGCUGCAAUGGCUAUGAAGAAGGCUCAAGAAGAGAAGGAGGAAGAAGAGAGGAAGGAGGCUGAGAGACUUGCCAAAGAGGAAGCCAAGAGGCAAAAAUUAAUACAGCAAGGGCUCAUACUACCUGAUUAAAUAGUAUGUAAUCACCUACAUGCAU